UAGCAGCGUAUCUGUCCCUGGUUUGCAUCCCAUGUUUUCAGAGUUUUCACAUUAGCAAGGCAUCCAUGGGACGCAGAGCCGCUGUCAGUCCGGGUUAUCCCCGAUUUUUCUCACUGCGGACAUACCGCGAAUUUUCCCAUAAUCCGCUGCCAACUCAAUGCUGAUCCGAUAAAUCCCAGUGUGAACACUUUUGUCCCUUUUUUGCUUCUCUCUCCCCCCGCUAAGUCUUGUCGUCGGAAGCUGAUUGGUCUGCAUCUCCAGCUCCCCAAAUGCUUCGUCCGCCAUUUUUUCCCCGCUACCUAAACAUUUCAGCGGUACAUCUCCAUUGGUGCCAUCUCUAUUCUUCUCUCCCCGUCUUUUGCAUCCUGAUAAGUUCGUGUUACGCGCCUCACAUUUCCAACCCCCCCCCUUAAAAAAAUGUUUGCCUAGCGGUGAGCGAUUGUGGUCAUGAUGAACCAAACGUUUCAGUGACAACCCCUCUCCACUCAAAACUCUCUGCAUUUUGACAAUUCAAUCAGGAACCACCAUCGACAUUUUCCAGUAAUGAAAAAUAAAAUUGGCCAUAACGUUUCUGCGUUCUGUGGAUGCAAAGGUGCAUUGAGACAUCUCCAAUUGUGUGUUCUACAUAUUUUGACUCCUUUUUUCGGGAUGGGAAUGGGGUUGGGGCAGUGGGUGGUGCCCUCAAACGAGGUUCAAACUCACCCCUUCUGGGAUCACGUGAUUUUUGUGGACCAAUGGGGUGCCAUUAUUUGCUGGGCGGGAAAUUCAACUCCUGCGAUCUGUGCCACCUCCGUGCACUGCUCAACGGUUGCUCAAGGAAAUGGCUGCACUAAAACCAACCAGUGGGAGAGGGGUCUCCUGGAGGGAGAAGGAGACAUUGGACCUCAUUGAAUUUUGGGGUGAGGAGAAGGUGCAAGAGGCACUAUUGCUCUGUCACAGGAACAUUGAUGUUUUCGAGCGCAUCUCAGAGCAGAUGGUGGCGAGAGGCCAUGCAAGAACCGCACUCGAAUGCCGGACAAAAACAAAAGCUUUGAGACAGGAGUACAAGAGGGUCGCGGCACACAAUGGAAGAUCGGGAAAUGCCCCUGCAACAUGCCCUUUCUAUGCACAGCUUGCAAGAAUUUUCAGAGGGGAUGCAAGCAUACGGCCACAAAGGGUGGCAAGAAGUCUUAACCUGCAGUCGGUGAGCAAUGCCGACCCCAUGGGGGAAGAUCGGUCGAACCAUGGCGUUCCCGCUCCAUGGGAGGGAUCAGAGGAACUAUUCACACAUCCAAUGGUCACUCUACAUCUUCAGGCGGUCCCCGCUUCCACUCCCAAUGAUUCAGGUUCUUCCACAGAACAAGAAACAUCAAUCGGAGAAGCCCCCCCAAUGGACAUGACCGAUCCAGAGGAUGAAAAUGCCGCAGACGAUCCAGAUUUAACUCAGAUAGAGGAGUUCCCGGAGGUGACAGGACAGGGUGCAGAGGAUCCGCAAGGAGAUCUGAACAAUCCACCAGCAGUGGAACAACCGCAGGUCCCCACGGCACAACUGUCUCCUGCUACACGCUUAGAAAAGGCGCGCACCAGAACCAGGCGCGUCUCUGUCCUCACCAACGUUGCAGAGAGAAUGCUAUCUCAGGCACAGAGGGAGGAACAAAACAACAGAAAGGAACGUGGAGAAAUUCUGGAGGCAACCAGCCAUUGGCGUGCAGCCAUGGAAUCAGAGACAAGAUGGCACGAGGACAUUAUCAGGGAGGCAAGAGAGGAUCGUAGGGCUUUUAUUGAGGCACAGUCACAAAAUAUGGAGGGGCUUAAUAGGGCUGUCGGUGCCCUCAGCUCCUUGACUGAACUCUUUGUCAGGGAGCAAAGAGCAGGCCCGGUUGCAGAAACUUCCCAAAAUGCCAACAGCAAAACACGCGAUAACGAUCAUGAGAAGGCACCACUAAGAAAAAGGGCUCGGAUCAUUAAAAAGAGAGAAAGAUAUGAUCCAUCCCUCUGAGCCCCACAUGUUUUUCCGGUGCAGCAUUUGGGUUGGAAUCUGCAUAUCACACGUAUCAUUGCUGUUGAAAUUAUGUUUGUCACAGCUGUAAUUGUGUUUUUCGAUGUUGGCGAGGGGUUGACAAUGGCCAUUGAAAAAAAUUGGUUUUUGUUUCCCACCGCAAUCCAGGUGCGGUUUGCCAGAUCUAUUUUUUGACCACGGUUGUUUGAAAUGUUGACCCAUGGGAGAAACUACACAGUUUUAAAUUUGUUUUUUAUUCUUUUCAAAACUUGAAAGAUUACAUGUGAGGCAUCAUAUGGACACUUAACUAACAUGCAUGUUAAAUAAAUCUUUUCUACAUCUCCUUAAACCUUGACAGCACAUUAUCAAUGUCGGACCUCAAUUUCUUGUUCUCCUCAUUCAAAUUCCUCACAUUGUUUUCUAGCUUCUUCACCAAGGCCUGCAGGCUGUCCAUCCUUCUGUUGGUUUUCUUUGCUGUGGAAACAAAAGGUGUAAGCGCAGAGUGGCCACUUCUGUGUUCACAAACGUUGUAAGUCAUUGAUGGUUACUUACCGCAGCUGAGGCAUGUUCCCACUGCCUUGUGAACAGUCUCCAGUAUCUCAAGGGGCUGUUCCCUUGCCAAAGAUGAAGAAGGCACAUUUACAGUGUGUAGUGGACACCGCGCUUGAAUGCAUUCCUCACAGGGGUCACCUGAAAAGGGGGUUUGGAGAACUUGAUUUAAUUUUGUUCAUUGUCAUUACAGAGCACGUGUUUAACAUGUGGCAGAAUGACGGUGUAGUUAGUUCCAUUUGUGUACCUGAAUGCUCAGUCAGCUGUUCUGGUGGAAUCACUGCUUGCUGAGGUGUGACUUCUUCAUUGAACUCGGAGCAGUUUCCCUCUUCUUGCUUCACUGCCUCAGAACUGGGUUGCAAGGCCAUUUCAUCCAUUGGCACGGUCACCUCUGAGCCUGUUUCCUCCGUGGGCUCCUCCUCCCCCUCAUGUCUGUAUGAUGUUGCUGGAGAAACACAUGAAGAGAAUUAAAACAUCAGUAAGAGCAGUAUUGAUGAAAUGUUAUGAACAAGGAAUUCUGACUAAUUCAAAAAAUGGGGCAAGGGAAUGUUGAAAUGCUGAUCACCCUAGGCAACCGAUGCUGUAUCAUGUGUAGGGAUUUAGGGAAUGCCGUUUAGAUUAGAAGGCCGGUUUGGGAUCUUGGGCAGGGAGGGGGGGGAAUACCCAUGGAGGAAUGAUAAGGGCUGAGGUGUGUGGAAUGCUGUUUUUACUUACCGCACAGUAGCCGAGUCAUCUUUAAGAGAACACAUUAAAAAUAUGUGCCGACAUAAACCAUAAACCUUUCCCAAAGAACAGAAACAAAACAACUUUUAAACAUGGUGGGAUAGUCUUCAAGGACAGGGCACAGUCCCAGUGCCGUUCAGUGCCACGUGUUCCUGUGUUCCAUGUGCUGAUCCCAACACAGCAUGCCUGUUCUGGGGUUUUUCCUUGAAAACUUCCAUCCAACAUUCCUCUCAUUCAGGAAAUUGGUGCCUUGUACCAACAUACAUUUCCAUCUUAGUGAGGGGAUUGGGAUGGGUGAGGGGGGGGGGAAGACACGGUGUUUGAUGAUGGUGCAAGGGGGGCCCAUCUCACUUAAAGCAUGGUGAAAACAUUUUUAGAGGUGUGCCUUCACAAAAUAAACAUCCCACAGUACUUCAUUUACCUUCAUGGUGGACUCCAAAACAAGGUGCCCCAUUCUUCAAACAAUAUCCAUGUUUCUAUAUGGAGAAAAAGGAAUUCAUCUUCCCAGGUAGUUCAGGGUGGCCUUUUGUAAUCAAAAUGCUGCCAACUUUCAUGGUGCCUGCUCCCACCUGUCCUAACUUCCUCUAACAUGGUUCAGGCAGAUGCCGGUUGGGUGGUCCUUUUAAUGGACUGAAAAAUAUGUUGUUCUUGGCACCCUCUUUCUCCAUCAUCUCCCACGUUGAAAAUAAGAGAGGCUGGUCGUUCUGGGGUUAGGAAUAUUGCAUGAAAGAUGCCCAGUGACAUCAGGGGAACGUUUCCUACCUGUCCUCCAACCCCCCAAGCAAGCACCAAGGCAAACCAACCUGGAGGGGGGGGGCAUUUGGUUCCACCUCGAAGGGCGGUUCUCGUGCCACACAACUUCGUGCCUUUAACUGUGCGGUAGACCAGACACCGUCUACAUUGGUGGUGGGGGAGAACACCAAAGGGCAUCUGGAGAGCUGGGUGUGAUUCCCCACUCCUCCGCUUGAAGACAGCUGGGUCACCUUGGCCGAGUCACAGUUCUUUGGAGCUCUCUCAGCAACACCCACCUCACAGGGUGACUUUUUUGGGGGAAUAAUAACAGUUAGUAAACCGCUCUGAGUGGGCAUUAGGUUGUCCUGAAGGGCGGUAUAUAAAUCGAAUGCUAUUAUUAUUAUUAUAGGGGAAAAUAGGGCACAAGUCACCUCACCUUACAGAGCAACCCAAAACACAAUUGCUAUAAGAAAGGAUUUUUUAUGUCACUUGUUUGAAUAUAAAAACCGGUGGGUGCAGACCUAAGGCCGUGACAGCAUUCCCUCAACCAGAGAGAUAACACUACGUAAUUCACACACAAUAAUCCCCCGAUCAAAAUUGCUGGCAGAAUUUGUGCAUGCUAUUUGUGUUAUUUGGUGUUGUGGGCUGCUUUCGUGUCCUGUUGUGCCCACCAAAUGGGAACCUGAAAGACCUUAAAGAAAUAAUUUUUUUUAUUUCCCGUAAUAGAGUUUGGUUUAAUUCUGCACAGUAUGGUUAGUUGUGUUAUGUACUGCCUGUGUUAUGUCUCACACUGUCCUUCUCAAUUUUAGUUUGAAGGAGAGAAUGGUUUUUUUAUAAUAGAGUACUUUGGUGUGUGGUUGUCAUUUUUCCUUUGUUCUGUAGGUGGUUCCCAUCGCAGGGAACACUGUGGAAGUGUGACGUUGGGGGAGGGUGUUUGUGGAUCUGAUGCUGUUUCACACGGAUAAGCUAGCAUUCAACA